AUGCUGCCUCCCGUGGCCCUGCCCAGUGUGUCCUGGAUGCUGCUCCCCUGCCUCAUGCUCCUAUCUCAGGAGCCUCUAGCACUGGGUGAAGAACCCCAGAAGGAACUGCCCUCUCCACGGAUCAGCUGUCCCAAAAGCUCCAAGGCCUAUGGCUCCCACUGCUAUGCCUUGUUUUUGUCAGCAAAAUCCUGGUUGGAUGCAGAUCUGGCCUGCCACAAGCGGCCCUCUGGAAACCUGGUGUCUGUGCUCAGUGGGGCUGAGGGAUCCUUUGUGUCCUCCCUGGUGAGGAGCAUUAGUAACAGCUACUCAUACGUCUGGAUUGGGCUCCAUGACCCCACACAGGGCUCUGAGCCUGAUGGAGAUGGAUGGGAGUGGAGUAGCACUGGUGUGAUGAAUUACUUUUCAUGGGAGAAAAAUCCCUCCACCAUCUUAAACCCUGGCCACUGUGGGAGCCUGUCAAGAAGCACAGGAUUUCUGAAGUGGAAAGAUUAUAACUGUGAUGCAAAGUUACCCUAUGUCUGCAAGUUCAAGGACUAGGGCAGGUGGGAAGUCAGCAGCCUGAGCUUGGUGUGCAGCUCAUCAUGGACAUG